AUGGAAUUGGAGGGCCUAAAGAAAUGUUUUAACACAGUGGAGGAGGAUGUCAUUACAGACUUAAUUACUGAGAGACAUUCAUAUGCCAAGGCUUUCAUGAAGAAAGAGAGAAGUGAUAGAGUAUUCAAGAAAUUAGAGGCCAGUGGCAAGAAAUGCAGGAAAGUGGCUUACUGGGCUCGAUCAGUUUCCAAUCACCUAUACUGGUGUGCUGCUAGUAGCAAUGAAAAUGGGGAGUUGGUCUUGGAGAAAUGGUUUUCUGUACUGAACCAUGUUGCCAACAUUUAUGAGGGUCAUGGAAAGCCGUUUCUUUCCUGUUUACUUGAGGACAGAGACUGGAUUAAGCAAGGUAGUUUGGCUUUCAUCGAAAUGGAUAAAGUUGUCAAAGGCAGACCUUUGGUGAAGGAUAUUAAGCAGAUAUCUCCAGCUGAACAAAUUUCAGCACUUGAGGCCUACCAAAAGAUAGUGUGUCACUUUGCAUCCAAGUCCCUCCACUUCUUUUAUGCACCAAUGAAGGCCAGGUUGUACAUAGCAGCUUUGCACUUCAAUGAGAACUCUUGUCGUGAUCAGGCCAAAACCAGAAAUGGAGAACCCGUAUUUUCUGUGUCCUACCCAGAAGGGAGACAUGGAAGUGGUCUUCCUAAGGAAGUGAAAGUGAAACAAUCGUAUAGGGAGUAAAAAUGUGACUGGAUUAUUUAUAAUACUAGUAAAUGACAUGUACAUGUAUUGAAUUGUUGCACAUGUGUCUGAAUUAUUUAUAAUACUAGUAUAUGACAUGCACAUGUAUUGAAUUGUUGUACAUGUGAUUGGAUUAUUUAUAAUACUAGUAAAUGACAUGCACAUGUAUUGAAUUGUUGUACAUGUGUCUGAAUUAUUUAUAAUACUAGUAAAUGACAUGUACAUGUAUUGAAUUGUUGUACAUGUGUCUGAAUUAUUUAUAAUACUAGUAAAUGACAUGUACAUGUAUUGAAUUGUUGUACAUGUGUCUGAAUUAUUUAUAAUACUAGUAUAUGACAUGCACAUGUAUUGAAUUGUUGUACAUGUGUCUGAAUUAUUUAUAAUACUAGUAUAUGACAUGCACAUGCAUUGAAUUGUUGUACAUGUGAUUGGAUUAUUUAUAAUACUAGUAAAUGACAUGCACAUGUAUUGAAUUGUUGUGAUUUGUUAUUAUUUUGAAUUAUCAAAUGCAUAUAUGAUUGCGUAUUUCAGAUUAUGCCGUUGAAUUGAUGCAGGAAGCGAUCAAUGUGAAACUAGAA